UGUCCUAUUCUCGCAUAAAUACACACAUAACCAGCUGCACAUAACAUAAAGUACUAUGUAUCUUCACACAUAACAUAAGUACUAUACUUUACUUAUCUUCAUUUUCAUUUUCAUCUUCAUAUUCCUUAACAAACAAAAGUCUGAGAAACAAUAUGGACACUAAAGAAGAUGAGGAGUCUCGAGUUAUGAGACGAACCGAACUUCAACUUCAUGAUUCAGUUUCUACAAGAACAGGAACUUUAUGGACGGCGGUGGCACAUAUAAUAACAGGAGUGAUAGGAGCAGGAGUGUUGUCGUUGGCUUGGGCCAUGUCGGAGCUCGGCUGGAUCGCUGGUCCGGCCGCGCUUAUAGCUUUCGCCGGAGUCACACUCCUCUCUGCUGUUCUUCUUUCGGAUUGCUACCGUUACCCUGAUCCUGAAACCGGUCCCCUCCGGCUAAACUCUUACUCUCAAGCCGUUAAUUUGUAUUUAGGAAAGAAGAAUCAGAUGGUAUGUGGGUUCUUUGUAUACAUUACCCUGUUUGGCUGUGGCAUUGCUUAUACCAUUGUGACAGCUACUUGCAUUAGAGCGAUUAUGAGAUCGAAUUGUUAUCAUAGAGAAGGACACAGUGCAACAUGUUCAUAUGGAGACAACAACAACUACUUCAUGCUUUUGUUUGGUUUGCUUCAGAUCUUUAUGUCACAAAUACCUAAUUUCCACAACAUGUUAUGGCUCUCUAUUGUCGCUGCGAUUAUGUCUUUUGCUUACUCCUCCAUUGGCCUCGGCCUCGCCUUUGACAAAAUCAUAGAAAAACGACAAAUUGAGGGAAGCAUAAAGGGAAGUCCAGCAGAAAACAGAGGUGCAAAAGUAUGGUUAGUGUUCCAAGCUCUUGGGAACAUUGCCUUUUCAUAUCCUUUCUCAACAAUACUUCUUGAGAUCCAGGACACACUGAAAUCCCCACCGGCGGAGAAGCAAACGAUGAAGAAAGCCUCUAUGGCUGCGGUAAUCAUCACAACAUUCUUCUACCUUUGUUGUGGAUGUUUUGGGUAUGCGGCCUUUGGAGAUUCCACCCCGGGAAAUCUCUUGACCGGUUUCGGGUUCUAUGAGCCAUUCUGGCUUGUCGAUUUUGCAAACGCUUGCAUUGUUCUUCAUUUAGUAGGUGGAUAUCAGAAUAUCAUUGUAGGUCUACAGUCAACCAAUUUUCGCGGCUAUGGAGAUAUCCUUAACCGAGAAAUAUCCACAAAAAAAGUUCAUUGCCCGAUUCUACGACUUCAAACUUCCAAUGUUACGAGGAGGAACAGUGAGACUGAAUCCAAUGAGGAUGUGUGUAAGAACGAUAUAUGUGGUAAUCACAACGGGUGUGGCAGUGAUGUUUCCCUACUUCAAUGAAGUAUUAGGAGUGUUGGGGGCAAUUGGAUUUUGGCCUUUGGCAGUUUAUUUUCCUGUGGAGAUGUGUAUAAUGCAGAAGAAGAUACAAAGUUGGACGCGGCCAUGGCUUCUUCUUAGAGGUGUGUUAGCUUCGUUUGCUUGACUGUCUGUCUCUUGUGUCUUGUUGGAUCCAUUUAUGGACUUGUGGGAGCAAAAUUUGGAUGAUUAUCCAGUAACUUGCCUUUGUGAUACAGGGAUGAGAGAUCUUCUUGCUCUCUAAUUGGUAAAUAAAUGUGAACAGUUAUAACUGAAGAAACAAACUCUUCAUGUAACUACUUAGCAUUUAAUAUACAAAGUUGAAUUUUUAAUA